GCAGCAGCAGCGCUGCACAGCCUGCUGGGUGCAUCCCCCUCCACGCGCCGAGUGCUGCUUGCAUGCUGCCGCCCUGAGCUGGCACUGGAGCGCGUGAGGGCCGCUCUGCAGGCCCAUGUGGGGGAGGUGCAGCAAGGGGGGGACGAGGCGGAGUAUGAGCAGGAGGUUGUGGGACGCCUGGCCUCACUGCUGCUCGCCCUGGAGGCAGCUAGGGGAGGGGCAGAUGCUAGGUCUCACUAG